UGGAUGAGAUCCUGGCAGCAGCUCAGCACACGAUUGCGUCAGACGGACAGGGGCAGCGGGGUCACGGGGGGAAGAGAGAACGAACCAAGAGCAUCGCCCCCAAUGAGCCAAGUCAUGACCAGUUGGUCGGUGUAAUGCCGCCUGGGUUUGGCUACAACCAGGGUCAGUAUCCCCCCGGCCAUCCGCAUGGAGUAAUGCUACGACAGAAAUCUAUUGGUGUGACGGAGGAGGAGAGGCAGUCCCUCCACACCCCGGCUAUGAAACUGUCCCGUAGCCUGUCGGAGGACAUCCCCCCUCCCCCCAGCACAUCCGCCCCAGAACCUCCCUUGUCUGCUGGACCCCACACUGCUCGGAGGGGGGAGCAGUCUGCCCCCCAGCCACUGUCCUCCCAGGCCCAGGCCCACUACCAGGCCCUCUCCACCCAGCAACAAGCAGCUCACGAUGCCCAGGCAGGUUGGGACAAUCAACAGCAUGGCAUGACCACCACCCUCCAGAGAGGAGGGGGACAAUACACAGGGGAUCCCACGGAGGGGACGAGGAGAGGAGGGGGCAAAAUGGGGGCAUUGAGGAGGGACUACAGUAGUGCUACUCCACCUACAAGCGCAGCUCCCAAAACUCAACAGCAACCCCAGCAGCAACAGCAGCCCCAGCAACAGCAAGUGGCGGCCCGGGAGAGGAUCGGAGGGGCAAGCAGGGGCGGGGGAGUCAGGAAGGGCGGGAGGGGCCCUCUAGUAAAGCAGCCCACAGUGGAAGGAGGGCUCGGCAGGCACCACAGAGGGGGGCAAGGCCAGGGGGGAAAAAGCUCAGGGGCCAAAGAGAAGAGCUCCAUCCCCAUCCCCACCAUCAUAGUCAAGGCUCCAUCCACCAGCAGUGGCAGUGGCCGCAGCAGCCAGGGCAGCAGCAUGGAUGCCGAGCAACCGCCUCCCGACAUAGACGACCCUACCUCCCCCCCUGCCUCUCCCGACACCCACACCACCCCCGGCCCGCCUUCCACCGUGGCCCCCUCACCACCCCAGCCCCCUGUCUCCUCCCCCAUGACCCCUUCGACUGUCGCCCCCCAGCUGCCCCCUAACCUGGAGAACCUGGACUUCACCACCCAGUUUGGGGGGGCCUUUGUCGGGGCAGCGCGCCGGGACCGGGAACGUUUCCGUGACAUGAGGAGGAAGAGUGCUUCCUUCUUCCUCUCCUCCGAAGAGGAUGUCCAAGGGGAGGCGGGGGGAGGUGGAGGAGUAUGGACCCAGCCCCUACAGGGGAUGGGGAUUGAUGUCCCCACCCCCCGCCUCCGCCCCUCCAAGUCAAUUGACGAGGGCAUGUUCUCUAGGGACAAUUACGUCCACUACGCCAGCAGUAUGCCCCCUGCCUUUGGGCUGCCUGAGUACCACUCCCCUGUGAUGGGCCAGGAUGGCCAGCCCAAGUCCGCUCCCUCCAACUACGGCCCAGGCUCUCCAGCCACCACCUUCAUCCACCCUCUGACUGGGAAAGUCCUGGACCCCUCGUCACCCCUGGGCCUGGCGCUGGCUGCACGAGAGAGGGCCCUCAAGGACGACCGGAGGACCCGACGGGAGGAGCGGCACUUUGGCCGGCAGAUGUCCAGCGUGGGGGUGUUCCCUACAUCUCUCCCGUCUCCCACGCCAUCCCUGUUCUCCACAUCCACCACCACCACCUCACACGCCUCACUGAACCGCCCACAGUCACCCAGGAUAUUACGCUUGGGAGGGGGAGGAGAGAGAGUGGAGAGGGACCAGGCGGCUGGAGCCAGAGAGGGCCUCAGAGUUCGCUUUUCAGAGGACAGAACCAAUCAGUACCAGACCCAAUAUUACCAACAGAGUCCUAGAGACAGGGAGCCACCUGGCCCGCCCAUGCAGCCGCCCGGCCCGCCGCCUCAGCCUGCACCCUGCAGACCUUCGUUCCUGCAGAUGGAGAACAGUGCAAACGCUAGCUACAUCCCCCAGUACACCCUCACCACAGCCCCAGCACACCCACAUGAAGGUGGGGGAGAGGGAGGAGUUGGAGGGGGACUGGGGCUCAUGGUUCUUCCCCCGCCUGCACCCUCGAUAGAUUUGGACGAUGAGUUUGUCUUUGUUGACCCCCUGCCCCCUCCCUUGCAGUUCGCCAAUGGCCAAGGCCAGCGAGAAAUGCAGAGGGGAUACCCUCAACAGCAUCAGCACUCAGCUCAACACGUCUCUUCUGCCAUGCCACCCCCACCGCCCCCCCUCCCUCAUCCUAAAGUACUCACCAGGAGGCUUCCCUCCAACCGCCCCCUCCCCUCCCCCAGGCCGGGGACUCUGCCGCUCCAGCCUCACAUCCUACGACAGCGAGGUGGCCAACCUCACCCAAUAGAUAUGGGUGCCCCUGCUCCCCAAAUGACCUUAGCGCAGGACCGAGGCGCGGCCACCCUCACUACGACUGUGACCUACGCCACCACGAUGACCGUGACCGCCGCCGCCACCAGUACCACCGCCUCUGCGCCGUCUUCAGACUACAAUGUAGCUGGGACCGCCCCCAGAACUGCCGCCAGUGCUGCUGGCAAGGCAGGCGACCACCAACCCUCCAGGAUGAAGACUGGAGACUGGCAGACAGAGACGGUGGUGGACUCUGGGAUCGAGGAGCUGGACAGCCACAGCAGCGGUGACCAGCACCUGGAAAUACUGGGAGUGAGUGAACUGACGGGUGAGAGAAGAGGAGGAGGAGGAGUGGAAGGGGAUGGAUGGGCUGGCGAGCACCCAGAUCCUUAUAUGACCUACUCAGGUGGGCAAGCGUUUGAAGCACACCACGCCAAACACACGACCAAACCCACCGUGUAUCCAAAGACGAUGCAGUACAAAGAGGGCGGUAUCAAGGACACAAGGGAAGCGUUGCGUCGACAGGUGAGCACCAACCCGCCCUACCAGAGCACCCCACCACACCCCCAGAGACAGGCUAACCCAGAGGAGGAGGCCAGGAGAGGAGAGGGAGGAGCAGCGGAUGAGAGGAUACAACGUAGACAGAGUCGACCAAAGAUGGAGGACGGCUUCGGUUCCACCCUGGCUGCCUGUCUGGAGCGGCCCAACACCCUGGAGCCAAGGGGGUCAACCGAGGRGGUCGACCAGGGACAGGGCCUGGAGCGAGGCGAGGCCCAGAGGGACGGGAUGUCUAUUGAGGGGCGCAGGUUGCACUCGCCACUCUCGGGGGUGAAGGCCAGCAUCAUCAACGAGCUGAGCUCCAAGCUGCAGCAGAUGAGCAAUAAGAGCACAGACGACUGGGGUCAGUCUGAGAUGCGAGGUCAGAGUCCCAUUAGUCUGAGGUCACCCACAAUGCACAGAUAUUCUGGGGAUUUCUCCGCCUCGUUUCAGAGCCCCCCCACAGCCCGCUCCACUUCCCCCUUACCCACCUCUUCCCCGCAGCAUCGCCCGCCAAUCCUCACCCCCAAUCUCACCGCCACCCCCUCCGGCUCGCCCUCCCACCAGCCCACGCUGCAGCCCAACUGGACCCGCUCCCCCUCUCCCCAGAUACCCACCUCCCCCUCUCACUUCUCCCACCCUCCUCUCUCCCCCACCUACUCACCCUAUCCCACGUCACCCAAACAUCGCACUAAGUAUCGUGGAGCCAAGAUUUUUGACUUCCAGUGUACCCCUGGUCCAGAGCUGAGGUCGUCUGUGUCCCGCCGGCGCGCCCCCAGCCCCCUCAUAUACUCCACAGACCGCCCCAGCCCCGCCCCUCCCAGACCCUCCUCCCUCCCCAUCCUCCCCAGCACCCAUGUCUACAACACCCCCUUUGAUUUCCCCAAUCCCCUCMCCCCUUCAUCCCCAGSCCACACCCUAGGAGACUCUUACAACCCCUCCACCCCGCCUCUCUUCCCCACAUCCCCACAACCUCCCAGUGCCCUCCUGGUCUCCCGCUCCCUUUCACCCACCCAGUUCCUCUCCAGCGCCUCCUCGCCCUCCAUGCACCUGCCCCCCUCUCCAUCCUGCCUCAACUACCCCCACCUCACCCCUCCUCCCCCGGCCAAGCCCUUCGCCAUCAAGCCCCUGUCCUACUGGACGAAGUGGGACGUGGCYGACUGGCUGGCCUACCUAAACCUGGGGGAGCACCGGGAGCGCUUUCUGGACAACGAGAUUGACGGCUCCCACCUGCCCUCCCUCACCAAGGACGACUUCCUGGACCUGGGGGUGACACGCGUCGGCCACCGCAUGAACAUCGAAAGAGCGCUGAAGAGACUGACUGACAGGUGAGGAAGGAGCGGCAUGGACAGAGUCAACUCACAGACAGAGGCCACAUGUCAGCCAAGUGGCGAGUGGAAAUAAAGAGAGAGAAAAAGAAGGAACGGAUGGAGAAGGAAAGACAAGUGCCUCUUUCCUUCCCUGCGAGCCAGAUGAGUCCAUCCCCCUUCCCUUUUUAGUCAUGAAGCAUUUAUCCUUAGAGUUAAUUUGCUAAGUUAUUCCAUCUCUCUCUCUCUCUCUCUCUCUCUCAUAUUUCAUUUACUACAUUCACUCCUUAUUCAUUUUCCAUUCAUUCUUAUUUCUUGAUUUACCCUCCUCCCUCUUUCCUCAGGCUCUUCUCUCCCAUGCAUGAGCCUAGCCCCUCCCCUGUGCCACAGACUGAGAGAGUGAAAGAUGAGGUGACUCAGAGCUCAGAGAAAGACAGA